GGGCGUUGGCACUGUGUAGCUGUGCCCUGCAGCAGCCGUGUGUGCACAAAGGUCCAGAGGACAGGGUGCCCACUGGAGCUGCUGCAAUGGAGCUGGGGAACAUCUCAAAGACAGCAUAUGGCCUCAGCCUGGAGGCACCUGGCAGCAACACUCCGGGCCUGGUGGAGAUUGUGCAUGGCUUCCUGCAUCUGGUGCAGCCCAACGCCCUGCCCGUAGAACUGAUUACAGUUUUUGGGCAGUCCCAGAGUGAAGAGGCUACUGUGGAUCAUAUCCAGGAGCUGUUCCACUACCAACUUGGUUUCCUGGUCUGUGUGGCCAUCGGGCUCCUCUUUAUCAUCUUUGUGCCCCUCGUGGGAUGCUGCUUCUGCUGCUGCCGCUGCUGUGGGAACUGCGGGGGCCGCAUGUACCAGAAGCAGAGCCGGCGGAUGGGCUGCCGGCGCCGGGCUCUCUGGGUCUCCAUCCUGCUGGUCUCUGCAGUCCUGCUGGCUGGUGAUGUCUGUGCCUUUAUCAGCAAUACCCGCUUCACCCAGGCUGUGCGUGGCACCUUCUCCAACACCAACAACACCCUAGACAACAUCCGCGUCUACGUGGGCUCCAUCUCCCAGGAAAUCAAUGUUAUCAUUGACAGCAGUGAUGUCCCGCUGGGCCACGCCAACCGCAGCCUCCAGGACAUUGGACCCAACCUAGGUAGAAUGAUCAACUCUGGCAUCAGGAGCAGUACAGAUGGGACUCUGGAAUCUCUCCAGGACCUCUUGCAAGGGAUGGAGACACUGGAAGUCGCCUUCGGCAGCAUUGCCAGGAUUCAUCCACACCUCGAGGAGCUGCAGAGCAACUACAGCCAGAGGCUGGCCAGACUGCAGGACCACCUCAAUGACACCCUGUGGCGCUGUGGCAGCCCCUGCAGCACCGUGUCCCUGCACGGCCUCGCCUUCAGCGCCAACUUCAGCACGAUCCCUGGUGUGGAGCAGCAGCUGGAAGCACUGCAUAAUGUGUCAGGCUCCAACAUAGAGGCCGAUUUACAGAAGGUUAACAGCACACUGAACACAACCUCCACCAAGGUGCAAGAGCAGUCCCAGGAUGAGGUAACAAAGGCUCAGGGCCAGCUGGGCCUCAUCAGGCAGGAGAUCAGAAGCUUGCAGGAGCAGUUGCCGCUCAUGGAUGUGGAGGAGAAUGUUGGGGCCUUUGUGGGCAAUGCCACAUCGGCGCUGGAGGAGUACAGGGAGCCGAUCAUUGCCAUGGAUAGGCUCAGGUGGAGUGUGUGUGUCCUCCUGUGCUGCAUGGUGCUGCUGGUGGUUCUCUGCAAUGUCUUCGGGCUGCUGCUGGGACCCCUGGGACUGAAGGAAAGUGUGCUGCCCACACAGCGCAGCAGCCUCUCCAACGCUGGCGGGAACUUCUUCAUGGCAGGGGUUGGCUUCAGCUUCAUCUUCUCGUGGCUGCUGAUGGUGCUGGUGCUGAUCACUUUUGUGUUGGGGGGAAACAUCUACAUGGUCAUCUGUGAGUCCUGGCGCAGCCAGCAGCUCUUCCAGAUCCUGGACACCCCUGGCUUGAUCCCUGGCUUCAACCCGUCAGAGCUGCUGGGUGGAACAACAAACUUCUCAGAGAUGUACAGUCAGUGUCAGCAAGAUGUUGCCCUGUGGCAAACGCUGCACCUGGACCAGAGGGUGUCCCUGGAUGAACUCCUGAACAUUAGCCAGUACACAGGAGAGAUCUCCACGGCCUUUGAGAAGAUAAACAUCACUCUGAGCCCCAUUUCCCUGCUCAGCCCAAGACAGACAGACUUGCUGCUGAAAGCCAGCCGGGAUGCACAGCUCCCCAACUUCACCCCCACCCUGGACCAGCUGGAUCUGAACAUAACCAAGGGAAGCCUCCUUGAUCUGGCUGCAGAGCUGGACCAGCUGGCAAAAAAAGUGGGCACAGACGUGAAAGAGGACCUGAAGACUGGUGCUUUCAAUCUGAGGGACCUGAACAAGGAGAUGCAGAUGAGCUUCUCUGGCUCACUGCAAAGCCUGAAGGAGAACAUCCACUUGGUGCAGAGCAGGGCUGCCCAGCUGGAGGUACAGACAAAAACUGCACUGGAUGAUGCCAAGACAACCCAUGAGUUUCUGGAGAGGGAGACAGGAAACAUCAUCAAGAAUGAGACACGGGCCUUCCUGAAGAAGCUGUUAAACUACUUUGAGACCUACAUAUCCUGGGCCAAGACCAGGCUGAGGGAAGAUGUGGCACGUUGCAGGCCCCUAGCUCAGACCCUGGAUAAUGUGGAGGCUAUCACCUGUGACUACAUUUUGGACUCUGUGAAUGCCUUCUGGUUCAGCCUCGGUUGGUGCACCAUGUUCCUGCUGCCCAGCAUCAUCCUGGCUGUCAGACUUGCCAAGUUUUACCGCCGCAUGGACAUCGCUGAUGUCUACAGGAAUGAAGCCUUGGAGAUGCCACCCACGUUCAACUUCUACAAACUACCCCAGCCAUCCACAAGGCAUUAGCCCCCAUCACCCACCACAGGGACACGGAGGAGAUAGACAUGGCUGCUCCGCCUGCUGUUUCUUCUCCUUGGGCACUGAGAAGCAGGUUGGGACCUCCCAGCUGAGCCCCCCUCCUCAAUUCCCAUCAUGUGAAAAUGCCUUGGUAUGUGAGGAAGGAGGACUACCCCUUGCACUGCUCCAGCUGGGACUUCAACCCUCCACCAGACCCUGUGGGCUCAGGGUGGCUUGUAACAUCCGCUGCUGGCCAGUGGGAACCUGUUCAUCCAGGCCCCCUACUCGAAAAAUAUGACUUUAUUUUUGCAGGGAGCUUGAUUCUUUCCAAGACUGUGAUUUCUGGUGUCAAACAAUAAAUGGGGUUCUGUGUGC